AUGGGCGUUCCCCUAUUGAGCGUAGAGAUGCGCGGCGAUAGCGACCCGCAGUUGAGCUCCAAGGCGCAGGAGAUCUUGGAGCGGCGGAGGGAGGCGCAGAAGCGGGUGGCGGAGGCGCAGCGGAGAGCCGCGGAGGAGAAAGCUCAGGCCGAUUUGGCCGAUGCCGAAGCCGCCGCGAUGGCCGCGGCCGAGAAGGCCGCGGCCGAGAAGCUCGCCGCCGAGAGGGCGGCGGCCGAGAAGGCCGCGAGGGCCUCGGUCGCGCUCGCCCCGAAGCCCGAGAAGUGGGAACCCCUCCCCGACCUUCCCCUCGUGAAGCGCGCGAACAACCCGUUCGGCCUCAGCUUCACCGUGGACAUCAAGACCACCACGGUGGAGGAGAGGCGAAGGCGACGCGAGCGCGACGAGAUGACCCCGCGGGGGCCAAAGGCGGGCGCCGGAGCAUCCGCCCCGGGAGCGACGUCGGAAGCCGGCGGCAAGCCCCCGCUAAGGCCGGGGGGAGGCAAGCAGCAGCCGUCCACGAGGACGGGCAUGCACCUCACCGCGGGCGUCGGCGGCUUCAGGUUCGUCGUCGACUUCAAGCGGAUGCUCAAGGUGUUGCCCAGGCCGGUUGUGCGACCGACGACGCGGUUCGAGUCGCCAGAGGCGCCCGCGAGGAAGGCGCUCCCGUUCAACGCUCGCGGUCCCCUCGCGGACUCGGGGUUCCAGGCGGGGCCCACGUACGAGGAGGCGGCCGCCGAGGCCGCCGCGCUCGAGGCCAAGGCGGCGGCGCAACUGGCCGUCGCCGAGGAGAAGGUUGCCGCCGCGCUCGGCGACGCGGCGGAGUGGAAGAGACGAUUCGAAGACUCCGAGGAUCGCUUGGCUGAUGCGCUCGCGCGGCUCGCGGCGGAGGAGGCGAGGCGCCAGGAUCUGGAGUUUGAGCUGCGACAGACGAAGCAGGACGCCGCGGACGUCGAGCAGCGUUUGACGGCGUCGCUCAAGGCGGCGGAGGCGGCGAACGAGAAGCUUCGCGAAGGCAACGCGGAGCUGACGCGCGGGCUGGAGGGGAGCACGAUCAAGAUCCACGACCUUCGCGAGCAGCUGCAGUCGUCCACGCAACUGUUGGAGGCUGAGCGCGCCUCCGGGUCUGCGCAGCGCGCCGAGUUUGACAAGAAGAUGGCCGGCGUCCAGAAGCGAGCCAAGGACGCCGAGGCGGAACUAUCCGCCGAGAUCGCCGAACUGCAGGCCAAGCUCGCCACCGUCACCGCGCAGGCUGCGGAGGCUGCGACCGCCGCCGAGGAGGCCUGGAACAAGGAGAACAUGCGCGCGCGGGAGCUCGUCAAGGAGACGGUUGAGCUCCGUGAAAAAUCCGCGAAGGACCGCGAGGCUCUCAAGGAUCAGCACGAGGCCGAGGUGAAGAAACUCACCGCCGCGCACGCCAAGGAGAUGGACAACGCCUCGAGCGUCCACGCCGCCGCGAUCGAGGCGGCGAGGGUGGCGCGCGAGAAGGUUGAGACGGACCUCGACGGGGAGCGCGAGGGCCGACUGGCUGACGCGGACGCGGCGAAGGCUGCCGCCGCCGCGGCGUCCAAGGUGGCCAGGGAACUCGAAGAGGAGCUCGCGCGCGUCAAGGAUGAGCUCGAGAAGGUCCAGGCUGAGCUCGAGUCGCAGGUUUCCGAGUACGAGAAGACCUCCGCGUCGUCCUUCGACGCCGUCAAGAGCCUCAAGAACCAGAUUGCCUCGCUCGGCGACACGCUCGCGUCGGAGAGGAAGGAUCGCCAGGGCGAGCGCGACACCGCCGAGAAGAAGCUCGCGGACCUUCAGAAGAAGGCCAACGCCGCCCGUGACGUCGCGUCCGCGGCCCUCAAGGAGGAGCGCAGGGCUCGCGAGAGGGAGGUUGCCGGCGCGAGGGAGGAGGCCAAGAAGAUCGCCGCCGACGUCGAGAAGGCCAAGGGUGAGGUGAAGAAGCUCCAGGACAAGCUCGCCGCGCAGAAGCGCGAGAUGGACGCCGAGCUCGAGUCCACCAAGUCGGCGACGUCCUCUACGGUUGGCUCACUGGAAUCCACCCUCGCGGAGCUCAGGGCGGCGAAGGAGGCUCUCGACGCGAAACUCGCCGAGGAACGCGCCGCGAGGGAAGCGUCCGACGCCUUCAACAAGAAGCAGCUAGGCAUCGCCGUCGACGCGAGAAAGGAGGCGGACAAGAAGCUCGAGGACACCCUCGCGAAUUACCGCAAGACCGCCGCGGCGGAGAAGGCUAAGCUCGACAAGAAGAUGGCGGAAGACGCCAAGCGACACGAGAAGGAGACAUCCGACCUCGAGAAGGCACUCGCCGCCGAGAAGAGCGCGCACCGCGUCACCGACGAGAAGGCGACCGCCGCCGAGGCUGCGAAGAACGCCCUCACGGAGGAGCUCGCCGCGCUCAAGAGCUCGUCGGCAAAGAAAGAGGCUGAAUUCACCGCUGACGCCAUCAAGGCUGCGGAUGAGCUCAAGAAGAUGCGAAUCGGCCGCGAGGCCGCCGCUGCCGCAUCCGCCGAGGAGAUCAAGAGGCUGAACGCUGAGCUCGAGAAGCUUCGAGAGGAAUCUAAGGCCGAGAUCAAGAAACUCGAGGACAAGAUCUUCGAGCAGAAGGCUGAGCUCGAGGCGUCCCUGGGCGCCACUAAAGCGAAGGCUUCCUCCAUUCAGAGCAACCUUGCGCAGAUCACGCAGGAGAAGACCAUGCUAGAGAAGAAACUCGCGGAUGAGAUCGAGUCCAGGAAACAACAGAUGGAUAAGUUCAAGGCGCAGCUCGGCAAGGCGCUCGAGGCCAAGCAAGCGGCGGACAGGAAGGUGGACCAGGCCAUCGCCGCGGAGAAGAGAGCUGUUGAGAACGCCGCCAGGCAGGUUGAGCAGGAGAAGACCAUGCUCGAGAAGGAACUCGCCGAGAAGCGCAAGGAGAUCGAGAAGAAGGCUGCCUCCGAGGCCAAUGCGGCUGCGGUGAAGAGGCACAAUGCCGAGCAGUCCAAGCUCGAGGCCAUCCUCGAUUCCGAGAGGGAGGGACGCAAGGCGGACAGGGCCCAGUACGACUCCGAUCUCGCCGAGGCUAUUCAGAAGGCUCGCAACGAGGCAGAAGCCGCGCUCGCUGCGCUCAGAGCCGCCAAGGACAAACUCGAGGCCGACCUCCUCGCCAAGAGCGACGCCGACAAGAAAAAGUCCGCCGCGGCGCUCAAGGACGCGAAGGGCGCCCUCGCCGAGGCUGUCGACGCCAAAUCCAAGCUGGAGCGCGAGAUGAAGGCUCAGCGGGAGGCUGCCUCGGCCGAGGCUGCCGCCGCCGCCGAGGCUGACAAGGCCAGGGCGGCGGCCGCCGCCGCGGCUGAGCAGAAGCUCUCCGCCGAGCUCUCCGCCGCUAAAGAGCAGGCUUCCAAGUUGGAGGCUGACCUCAAAAAGGCGACGGCGGCGCGCGAGAUUGCAUCCAAGGCGCUUGACAGUGAACGCGCCGCGCGAGAGAAGGAUGCCGCCGCAGCUGCGGAGGAGACGAAGAAACUCGCCGCAGCAGCCGCGGCCGAGGCCAAGAAACUCGCCGCCGCCGACGAUAAGGCCAAGGCGGAUCUCAAGAAGCUCCAGGACAAGAUCAAAGAGCUCGAGGCUGAGCUCGCGGCGUCCACCGGCGCGGUGUCCUCUGCCAAGUCCUCCGCGCAGGCGUCCGAAGCGGCCAUCGCGAAACUCAAGAAGGAGAAAGAGGACGCCGAGAACAAGCUCGCCAAGGCUGAGAAGGACGCCGCUGAUCAGCUGAAGGCUUCCAAGGAUGGCAAUGCCGCCCUCGCUGAGGCGAACGCGGCGCUCGCCUCCGCCAACAAGGCCAAGGAGGCAAACGCCGCCGAGGCUCAGAAGCUGAAGGUUGACCUCUCCGACGUGACCAACAAGCUUAAGGCUCUCGAGGACAAGAAGAAGUCUGCCGACGCCAAGGCUAAAUCCGACGCCGAGCAGGCUGCGGCCGCCCUUAAGGCUGCCGAAGGUAAAGCCAAGGCUGACGCCGACAAGGCUGCAGCCGCCGCCGCCGCCGAGGCCAAGGCUAAGGCUGAUGCCGACAAGGCAAAAGCAGCGCUCAAGGCAGCUCUGGAGAAGGCCAAGGCUGACGCCGCCGCGCUCGCAGCCGCUGAGGCGAAGGCCAAUGCCGAUGCCGAAAAGGCUGCAGCAGCCGCCGCCGCGCUCAAGGCUGCGGAGGACAGGGCUAAGGCUGCAGAGUCGAGCGCCAAGGAUGCGGCAGAAAACUUGAAGGAGCUCGACGCGCUUCGUGCCGAUCUCGAGAUGUUCAACAGCCGAGUCAUCGCCCUCACCGCCUCGGAGGCUUCCCUCAAGGCUGAGUUGGAGGAGGCGAAUAAGAAGGGCGCGGACCUCGAGAAGGUUCAAAAAGAGCUCGAGGCUGCGAAGAAGGCUGUUGAGGCCUCCAAAAAGGAAGAGGCUGCGCUUAAGAAGAAGCUCGAAGCUAUCGAGAAGACCACGUCCACCGCGGACCAGGAGAAGGGCGCCAAGCUUGCAAGUCUCGAGACUGAAAUCGAAAAGCUAAGGGCAGAGCUCGAGGCUGCGAACGAGGCAACCAAGAAACAGGUGGCCAAUGCGGUUGAGGCGGCCAAGAAGGCCAAGAGUGAGACUGAUAAGCUCAAGGCUGAGGCUGACAAGGCCAAGGCUGACAUGGACAAGCUCAAGUCUGACGCCAAGAACGCCAAGACUGAGUCUGACAAGGCCAAGGCUGAGGCUGAUAAGGCCAAGGCUGACAUGGACAAGGCCAAGGCUGAGGCUGAUAAGCUCAAGGCUGACAUGGACAAGGCCAAGGCUGAGGCUGAUAAGGCCAAGUCUGACGCCAAGAACGCCAAGACUGAGUCUGACAAGGCCAAGGCUGAGGCUGAUAAGGCCAAGGCUGACAUGGACAAGGCCAAGGCUGAGGCUGAUAAGCUCAAGGCUGACAUGGACAAGGCCAAGACUGAGCACAAGGCUGAACUCGAGGCUGCGAGCGCUGCUGCCGCGUCCACCGCGAGCGCAAAGGGCGACGCCGCAGCCAAGGCUGAGAAGGACGCCACUGCCGCCAAAGCUGAUGCCGAGAAGGCGAAAACUGCGCUGAAGGCGGCCUUAGAGAAGGCUAAGGCUGAUGCCGACCAGCUCGACAAGGCUGCCAAGGAUCUGGCGGCGGAGAAGGCCAAGGCUGAAAAGGCUGAAAAGGAUGCAGCGGAGAAGGCCAAGGCUGCAAAGGAGGCUGCCGAGAAGGCUGCUGCGGCUGAGAAGGCCGCGGCUGCGGCCAAGGAUAUCGCCGAUAAGCUCACCAAGGAACGCGACGAAGCCAACAAGAAGCUGGGAGACGCAACCACCCAAGUCACGGCCAUGACCGCAGCGACGGAAGGUCGUGAUGCCGAAAUCGCCGACCUCAAGCGCCUGCUGGCGGAGGCGGAGGAGGCGGCGAAGGCACUAGAGAAGGAGAUCCAAGAAGCUCGCAAGAAGAAGAAGGAGGAGGACUCCGACUCUGACUCUGACGAGGGUGAAUUUACCGGCAUGUCGCUGAAGGAACUGGUGGAGGCGAAGAAGGCUGCCGCGGCGAAGAAGGGUGAGGGCGUCGAGGAGAUUGACGACGAGCCCCUCCAGCCGCCGAAGAACAAGAAGGGGACCCCGGACUCGGACAAGGAGAACACGGAGGCGGGGUCGUCGCCAAAGUCUGUCAUCGCCAAGGGCCCCUCAUUCACGGUGGGUUGCCAGUUCGAGAGCAACGAGGCGGAAUCUUUCCGCACAGAGUUGAUGGUUGUCAGGGGACAGAUGCAGGUGCUCGCCGCGCGUCUGAUGAACCUUGGCAAGCAGGACCUGGUCAAGGUGACCAACGAGGACAUCGAGGAGCAGAGAAAGAAAUCCGCAGAGGAGGAAGAGGACGACGACGCCGUCAAGGCGCUCGCGCUCACCGAGGAUUGGGACGACAAGAAGAACGACGGAACCCUCAUUACCCCCCGCGACCCCGCGGGUGGAGAGAACCUGAGGCCGCUGGUGGAGAACCUGAGGAAGAGGAUCGCGGAGCUCGUGACCAAGGGGCAGGCGGCUCGUGCUCGGAUUCUCGCCCUCGAGGGGGAACUCACCGCGGCCAUCAACGAGAAGGAUUCCGCCGCGCAGUGGGCGCAGAUGUGCCACCGCCGCGCCAUCGGUUCGGAGGAGGCUGCCGUCUUUGCCAGGGACGACCUCAGGAAGCUCAAGCAGCUCACCCGAGCCAUCCGGAUGGGCGAGAUGGACGCCGUCGGCGAGAAGCUGGACUCGGUCAGGGCGUCCAUGCGCAUCGAGGAACUCACGGACAAGCUCGAGGCUGAGCAGGAGACCCACGAGGUGACCAAGCUCAUGCUGGAAGAUGCCGAGGAGAGAGCCACCGCCGCCGAGUUGAGGCUCGAAACCGAGAAGAAGAAGAAGAAGGCGCGCACCGAGUGGGACAAGAUCAUGAGCUCGACGUUUAAGCGCGCGGGCGCCACGCCGGUGAAGGAACGUCCCGAGGAAGAGGCCGCCGCGCUGUUGGAGGACGGCGCCGAGACCCCGGAAAAGGCUGAGACCCCCGUGUCCCCCGCGCCGGCGGCGUCUGGCUUUUCCAUCUUUGGCUUUGGCUCGUCGACCCCCGCGCCCGAGCCGGCUCCGGCGGAGGCGGCCGAGGCUAGCUCCGACGAGGAGACCAUCUCCGCCGAGGCCCUCUCCAAGGACGCCAAGGAGGAGCCGGCGGCGGACGACGAUGACGACGAUGAUGACGAAGAGGAAGCCGAAGAGGAGGAGGAGGAGAAGGAGGAGGAGGAGGAGGUGAAGCCCGAGUCGCAGCCGACUUCGUCUGCGUCAGCCGGCGGAGGUUUCUUCUCGUUCUUCGGCUUUGGCGCCGCCGCCCCCGACCCCGAGCCGGAGCCCGCCGGCACGGACGACGACGACGAGACCAUCUCCGCGGCCGCACUGACGCCGGGGGUGGAGCAGGUGGCGGCGGAGGCUGCGGAGCAGACGCUCAACACCACCACGGGUUCGGAGGAGGAUGAGGACGAGUCGGGGGGCAGCGGCUUCUGGAAGCGAGCGCACCAGAAGGCCAAGAUGGACGACGACUCGGACGACGAGAAAUAG